CCGUCUCGAUCUCUGUGAGUCCCAAGACUCCCUGCAUUACACAAGAGGGACCAAUUCAGUAGAGGAGAGAAAGAGAGCCAGGCAGUAGCAGCACACAUCUUUAAUGCCACUACUGGGGAGUCACACACCUGUGGUGGAUAUAUUAUGCACCCCAAUAAACUGAUCUGGGGGUCAGAGACAGAACAGCCACCCUAUUAUACAGUGGUUAGACAGUGGUGGCCCAUGCCUUUAAUCCUAGCAUUCCAGAGGCAGAGAUGCAUCCAGAUCUGAGUUCAAGUCCACACUGGAAACAGCCAAUCAUGGUGACACACACCUUUAAUCCCAGGAAGUGAUGGCAGGAAGCAAAAGGGUAUAUAAGGUAUGAGGACCAGGGACUAGCAGUUCUUAGACUUUUAAGCCUUUAGGAGUUUAACAGCAGUUCAGCUGAGAUCCAACAUAUGAGGACACAGAGGCUUCCAGUUUGAGGAAACAGAAUCGGCCAAGAAAUUGGGAAGGCGAGGUUGAUUGUGGCUUGUUCUGUUUCUCUGAUCUUUCAGAUUUACCCCUGUAGCUGGCCCUGAGGUUUUUAUGAAUAAGACGUGUUAGAGAUGUGUGUUACACAUGUCUUUAAUCCCAGCACUAGGAAGGAAGUGAAAAAGCAGGGCGGAGAAAGGUACAUAAGGCGCGAGGAGACAGGACCUAGAGGUCUGUUGGCUACAUCCUUCUUUUUUUCCCCUUAGUGCCUCUCAGCUGAGGACUCAGAGACAUUCAGUGAGAGGAUUUGUGGAAACAGGAUCUCCCCUUUGUGGCCUGAGAAGCCACAGUGGUGACCUGUGGAGACAGAAAAAAAAAAAACUAUCAAGGAACUCAUACCCCUGAGGUACUUGUUUCUUGAACCAACUUGAGGAGUCUAGACCGGGUCAACAUGAAACCCUCCUGGGGUCACGACAGAACGGAGAGCCACAACUUAUGCCAAUGGAACUCCUCCCCAGGAGACAGAAGUAGGGACCAAGAAAAAUGCAGAGCAAGGAAAAGUUCCCAGAAAUCCCCACCUCCUGGAAGAAGGAGCCCAGAAAGAGCAGUCCCCCAGAGUUCUACUCUGGAAGAACCUGCCAGGAAGAAGGAUGAGCAGGACCUGCUGCUUGUCCCACCUGGGGGAGCGUCUAUUCCCCCUGCAAAGCUCAGGAGGAUGCAGGAACAGACCAGUGAUAAAAACAGCAUAGCCUACCAGAGGCUGAGUUGGGAGGCCCUGAAGAAAUCAAUCCAGGGCUUAAUAAACAAGAUUAAUAUUUCAAACCUCAGGAUUAUCAUCCAAGAGCUCCUUCAGGAAAACAUAGACCAAGGGAGAGGACUGCUGUCCAGGUCUGUUUUGCAGGCAGAGUGCUUCUCCAUCUCCACUCAUGUAGAUGCAGCUCUGGAUACCAUCAUCAACUCAAAAUUCCCACAGACUGGAGCACUGGUCCUCAAGAGACUGAUCGUGAACUUCCAGAAAGGCUAUCAAAGAAACGACAAACCUCUUUGCCUGAUGACUUCAAACUUUGUGGCCCAUCUUCUCAAUCAAAAUGUGGCCCAUGAGGUGCUGGGCCUGCAGAUGCUCACUCUGCUGCUGGAGAGACCAAGGGAUGACAGCAUUGAGGUGGCUGUGGCCUUCCUCAAGGAGUGUGGCCUCACAGUAACCCAGGUGUCCCCAAGAGGGAUCAAUGACAUCUUUGAAUGCCUGUGAAACAUUCUCCACGAGUCUGAGGUGGACAAAAGCGUUCAGUACAUCAUUGAAGUGAUGUUUUCUGUCUGGAAGGACAGAUUCAAGGACCACCCUGUUAUUCUGGAAGGACUCGAUUUAGUGGAAGGAGAUGAUCUGUUCACCCACAAGCUCCUCUAAGAGGAUGACUAUGAUCCAGAUGAUGAUCUCAAGGUUUUCAACAUGGAUCCUAAUUUUAUGGUAAAUGAAGAGAAAUAUAAAGCAAUUAAAAAUGAAAUUCUUGAUGGACACAAUGAUUCAAACACAGACCCAGAGGCUGGAAGUAGUGAGGAGGAGAAGGAGAAGGCAGAGGAGGAAGAAGAAGAUGGAGAAGAGGAGGGAGGACAAAAAGUAUCCAUCCGUGACAAAACAGAAACAGAUCUAGUCUCAUUUCACCAUACAGUAUAUCAUGCUCAUCAGUGCAGUUUAGAUGCUGAGGAAUGUGCACACAAGAUGCUGAAAAUGGAGUUGGCUGAGAGCCAAACACAAGAGCUGUGCAGAGUGAUUGUUGAUUGCUGUGCCCAGCAGAGGGCGCACCAACCAUUUUUCGGCUUGUUAGGUGGGCAGUUGUGCAUGCUGAGAAAAGAAUACUCAGAAUCCUUUAUGAGGCUACUAAGAGAACAGUAUGACAGGAUCCACUGCUUAGAGACUAACAAACUGAGAAACAUCGCUCAGUUCUCUGCUCACCUUUUGUGCACGGAUUCACUUCCGUGGAUCAUUCUUGACUGCAGGAAGCUGAGUGAAGAAACAACUACAUCAUCUAGUGGAAUUUUUCUCAGUCUUUUCCAGGAGCUCUGUGAAUCCAUGGGUCUUCCUAAACUGAAGGCAAGGUUCAAAGAUGAAACUCUACAGCCAUUCUUGGAAGGACUAUUACCUCAAGACAAUCCCCAGAAUACCCGGUUUGCCAGCAACUUCUUCCAUUCCGUAGGUCUCAGUGGUUUAACUGCUGAGCUGAGAGCAAGGUCUAAGAGACACAGAGCUCAAAACUCACGAAAUGCUCAAGAGAGAGGAGCCAUCGGGAGCUGGCAGACGAGCAUGCUGAGCCAAAGGGGAAGCCAUGAGACAGAAGAGUGUCUUUUUCUCACAUGGAGAAGCAAAGGACCCAAAAUCAGGACAGUGACAGCCUCAGAGGAAGAUGGCUCCAAGGCAAGGGAAGGAGUAGAGGACAGUGAGGCCCUGAACGUGAGGACCACAGGAAUCAGAAUGGAGCUGAGAGAUGAUGGGAAACUCGACCAGAUACUCUGAACAUUCGAGAGAAUCGAGACAUCAGAAUCAGAGGAGAGGAAAGUCUCCAAUGAGAUGAAAAUAAUUCCAGUGACAACUGAACAGGCCUGACACUCACUCACUUCCAAGGCCUUUUCUACAUGGAUGGGCUGUAUAGAGAACUCUUGUAUAAAGUAGCUGUUUGUGUCUGUACGUUUUAAAGAUGUUUACUAUUGGACAUGUUUUAUGAUUGAUACUUCUCUAG